CCCAUAUCCAGCACUUGUGCACAAUGAUGAAGUGAGAACUUAAGGGGAAGAUUAGAACUUCUUGUUUCCUAAUUAGCUGCUGUUGUAAUGAUAUUGUUGCUCAUCCGUUGUCCAUGAUGACGUCCGCUCUGUCGGCAGAGGAGAUGGCGAGUAUUCCGGCUGGAACACCUCCGCCGGGUGUUCAGUCAAACCUCGUGGAUCCUCCGUCCAAUGGAGACAUUCUGUAUAUCGUGGGAGGUAUUGUGAUGGGAUUAAUGUAUAUUACCGCCGGUCUGAGUCUAUAUGCGAAACUUACUAUUCGAAGGCGAAUGGCGCCCGAUGACUGGACACGAUUGAUUGCUACAAUAGGAGCGACAUUCUACUUCAUUAUCUGUAUACUCGCGGUAGCCAAGGGCAAAUACGGUACUCAUAUGUAUGACCUCUCGGUAAUUCAGGCGAUGAGUGAUGCCUUUAUAAUCACCGGAUAUUUUGCCAACUGGGUGACGGCAAUCGUUUGGCCGUUUGCAAAAACAUCUUUCUUCCUUAUCUAUCUCGAAAUGUUCCGCACAAUCAAGUGGCAACGCUAUGCGAUCUACUUUGGCCUUUUCGUGAACUGGGCUUUCUAUACUAUCAUACUUAUCGCCACCCUCUACUACACCAGCCCCACGCCCGGCCAGACGUGGGCGGAGGGAUUUGUCUCCACGCGAUACUCGAAAAUUAUGAAAUGGACCGUUCCCAUUGCAUCGGGCAGUCUGAUCAUUGACCUUUAUAUUCUGAUCCUGCCGAUGGCCCCAAUUUGGAACCUCCAAAUGGAUUUCAGGAAACGGGUCGGUGUGAUGGUGGUCUUCGGUACGGGCUUGUUGGCCUGUGUCGCUUCUUCCCUCAGUAUCUACUUCAAAAAUAUUUUAGAUCAUCACACCGACGACUUCAGCUAUUACACCCUCCCUGUCCUGAUCAUGUGCUUGGUGGAGAUGUGUAUCGGGAUAUCGGCCAGCUCGAUGCCAUCCUUGACGCUUUUGGUUCGCCACAAGGGGACCAAACUCACUCAACUCGUCAGCAUCUUUACUCGUUCUCGUUCAUCUACAGGUGGUGGAAAAAUGCUGUCUGGUUCGGAUGGCUAUGCAAAGGACUCGGAUUGUUUGCCAUUGAAAGAUGUUCAGUCCCCCAUUAAGAAGCAAUCAACCCCAAUAGACCAGGUGAGUGACGACGGGUACGAGCAGUAUGACGGCCAGACCGUUCAAACGAUGAUUCAGGCGAGUUCCUCCACUGAACCAGUUGGUCAAGAUCAAAUCUACAUGCAUCGUGGGUUUGAUGUAGGAUACGAAUACCGAGGGAAGCGAAUGACUGGCGAUAGUCCGGUAUAGAUCAGCUAGGUCUUUAUGGGGUAUUGUCAUGAAAUACUAGGUUACUUAAUUUCCAUCCGACGGUAUGAACCACUGAAAUAUUGAAUGCAACCCUAUAAAUACGGAAAUACCCAUUUCACCCAGUAGAGCCUCUUGUCACGUCAUUCAGAUACCGAAUGUGAAAUACACUGUGUCGGUAUCUCGCCGGCUUUUGCAGAUACCAUGUACCAUAGUGGACCAAGCGCGUUGCAGAAUGUUUAAUUUAUCCUGGUUCCCUUCACGUGGACACUAUCUACUGCUAUCGCGCUUUGCAAAUUCAUCCUAGUACCAGUGAAAUGAAAAUGUUUGUCCGUUGAAGUGCCGUGGGAAUCGGCCUGAUCGAAUUGGGCCCGUCACACUCGGCCCCAGACUAGCGUGGGCGCUUGGAGGACUGCUUUGUUGCCUAAACUUUUGGCCCCAUCGUUGCAUGCAGCCCUGUUGGUCGUUAUCUCCCGUGGGAUGUGUGCGGAUUGUGGUCUGUGGGAGAAAGGUCCGUCAAAUCAUGUCCUUGAUCACCACAUUUCCAGUCGUUGGGGCGGGCCGAACCCUCCCGGAGUUGGUUGGACCGGAAGAUCCGCGCCUUCUUCCGUACCCUAAAUCUAUGGUGGGUUGUCAUUCGUAGUGGACUUGUGAAUUGAACUUUUUCAAGAACAAAGGAACCUUGAAAUUCU